UAACUUCACCGUCUUCAACAUUUUGUAUUUUUUUUCCUUUGUGUUCGGGUUAGGUUAGGUUAUUCGGUUCUUGUCACUCUUGAUCUUUUUCAAACCUGCGUUAUAAGAUAACACAAAGAGACAAGCUAUACAACAUUUACACAAUUUUACGAACGGGGAGAAAAUUGUUUAUUGAUAUGUUGUUGGCAAUCAUCGAAAAUAUGAUAAGAUUCAAAUAUGUUCAAUGCGUAAAUAAAAACUCUCAUCAACUUGAUAAAAAUACUGGCACCAAAGAUUCUGUAGAUAGUGAUGACACCGAAGGAGCCUGUCAAACAUCUUUAAGCACACUUUGCUCUGAUACUGCUUUGUUGGGUAUAAAUGAUGUUUCUGAUGAAUCUGUUAUUGUACCCAUUGAUAAUCCAGAAGGUUAUGUGGAAACUGGAGUUUUGUGUCAAUAUUCUUUUGAUGACUUUGAACCAAUUAAGGUUAUUGGUCGUGGUAGUUAUGCCAAGGUGUUAAUGGUUGAACUUAAACAAAACCAACGUGUCUAUGCUAUGAAAGUUAUAAAAAAAGAACUUGGCAAAAAACAUAAAAAUAAUAAUUGGAUACAAACAGAAAAAGAUAUUUUUAAAAUUGCCUCUGAGUAUCCAUUUUUGGUUGCUCUCCAUUCUUGCUUCCAAACAGUCAGCCGCUUUUGCUUUGUGAUGGAAUUUGCUCGUGGAGGUGACUUAUUGAAUCUUAUGCAAGAAAAAAGACGAUUAUCUGAAGAUCAUGGCAGAUUUUAUGCAGCAGAAAUUAGUUUGGCUUUAAAUUUUUUACAUACUAGAGGUAUAAUAUACCGAGAUUUAAAACUAGAAAAUAUAUUACUUGAUCACGAGGGCCAUAUAAAAUUAACGGAUUAUGGAAUGUGUAAGCAGGGCAAAAGGCGUAGAUACACAACUUUUUCAAUUUUAGGGACUGCAAAUUACGUUGCUCCAGAAGUCUUAAAAUAUGAAGAUUAUGGAUUAAGUGUGGAUUGGUGGUCUUUAGGAAUUCUUUUGUUUGAGAUGUUGGUUGGCAAAAGUCCAUUUGGUAAUAGUGAUAUCCAUGUAUUUCAAGAUGUUUUGACUAGACCUCUUCGUAUUCCAAAAUCACUUUCUGUAGAAGCAGCUUCAGUUUUAAUGGGGUUUUUAAAUAAAAACCCUUCCUAUCGUUUGGGUUGCGAUGAAAACAAUGGCUUCUGUGGUGUUAAACAUCACUUAUUCUUCAAAUCUGUUGAUUGGGAAAUGUUAGAACAAAAGAAAGUUGUUCCUUGUUAUAUACCACAACUAAAUUCAGAUCGCGACUUUGCCAAUUUUCCGACAGAAUUUACGGAUCAAGAUGUAGCCUGUACACCCGAUAAUCCAGAUUCCAUCUAUCAUGUGGAUUUGGAGGGUUUUGAGUAUGUGAACCCUAAUUUCAGAGACUAAAGUGUUAAGAGGACUUCGGCGACUUAAUUUUAACCCAUAAUAUGACGAAAUACCAUUAUAACAAAACUAUUGGCUAUCCCUGUUUGCCGAAGAUCUACUACCCUUGACUCUAGAAAAUGGUUCAGCCUCAAUAGCAAAAAAAAAAAAUGACAAUUUAAAUCAUAUAAUUAUAUUUUUACUAUAAAAUUAUUUUUAUAAACGUUUAGUUUUAAUUAAUUAUUUUUAUUUUUAUAUAGGUAUAUUAUAAUACGUAUAUACUUACAUUAUACACAUUUUAUAUUUUAUACUUUGUACAAGUUUAAUAAGUUUCCACAUCUUAUGGGUUGGUUUUGCUCAUUAUUAUAAAAUUAUUUUUAUAUAUAUAUAUAGAUUUAUACACAUAAUUAAUAUACAUUUUUGUGUAAUGUAUGUUUAUAUAAUGAUCUAAAAUGUGAAUGGGUUAUAAAUUUACUUAAU